AUGAAAUUUUCUCUCAUUCGUUGUGCUUUGGUUUCAUUGUUCCUGCCUCAUGUUCUCAUUCUCGUCAACGCCCAUCAGCAUCCGGACUUCAUUAAUCACACCUGUUUCAAUGACAGAGGAACCUACACACAAAAAAGUGCUUACCACACCAACCUCAAUAUGCUUCUUUCUAACUUCAGCUCCGACACAGAAAACUACUUUGGCUUCUAUAAUUCCUACUAUGGUGAAAGCCCCAAUACGGUUAAUGGUCUCGCACUGUGUAGAGGAGACACCCAGCUACAUGCUUGCCAGAACUGCAUCAAAAAUGCCACGACACUUCUCCCAAAACUAUGUCCAAAUCAGAAGCAGGCAUUUCUGUACUAUGAUCUGUGCAUUCUUCGAUACUCGAAUGUUUCAAUUCUUGGGAUGUAUCAGAAUCCUGAGUUUUCCUACGCGAUUCACAGCCCAGAAAAAGCAAAAGAUGCAAAGAAGUAUAGAGAUGCUCUUGAUGAUCUCAUGACGAGGCUAAAAAGCAAAGCUUCAAGUGGUGAUUCUCUGAGUAAGGUGGCUGUGGGAAACGUAACAGCUGAUGAGAAUGAAAGUGUGUAUGGUCUUGUUCAGUGCACGCCUGAUUUGACUCAGCAAGAUUGUGACGAUUGCUUGGUGAAGGCCAUCUCGGAAAUCCAAGGAUGUUGUAAGGACAAGAUUGGUGGUCGGGUAAUUAAACUGAGCUGCAAUCUUCGGUUUGACAACGUCAUGUUCUAUGAUCCUGCCGUUGUUGAGCCAAUACAAUCUCCGUCUGCUGUUCUUGCUACAGCUCCCUCACCAGUUGCUGAUCCACCAAAGGAAGUUGCUGAUCCACCAAAGGGAGUUGCUGAUUCACCCAUAUCUUCGCCUUCAAAAGGAAAUAGCAACAGAACAUCGAGAAUCGUCGUUAUGAUGGCUGUGGCAAUUGUUGCCUUUACCACACUUAAGGAAACAACAGCUAUUGGAUUAUGAAUAUAUAAUCUU